UCUCAGGAACUGGAUACAUAGUAACACCGGCUGAUUUUUUAUAGCUCGUUAUAAUGGAGGGGACGUUUGCGGAUCUAAAAACAUCUUAGCGCAGCAGAUCGGACACGGAAGGGAUCAAACUACAUCCAGACGAUAUUUCAGCAGUAAUGGAAUAAUGUUGGCACGUCGGUGAUUGUUUGAUAAAUUAAGCGUGAGUCGGUUCUUGCGGAGUGAUUGUCAUACUGUAAACAAAACAAGCAGACAAGCAAUAUCCUCUGCGGUGUUUUGUAGUUUUAUGGGGUCCAUUUUAAUCAGCGAGAGUUUAUAGUCGUAUAAAGGAGGAAACAUUGAGGAUGGCAGGCCCCGAGCACCCGCAACAGCAGGUUGAAGAGAAAGCCGAACAGAUAGAUGACGCCGAACUGGCAUUUCAGGGCAUUCAUAUGCUGCUCAACAAUGGCUUCAAAGAAAGCGACGAGCUCUUUAAGAGAUACAGGACUCAUAGCCCGCUAAUGAGCUUUGGGGCCAGUUUCGUCAGCUUCUUGAAUGCCAUGAUGACAUUCGAGGAGGAGAAAAUGCAGAUGGCCAGCGAUGACCUGAGGACUACUGAGAAACUUUGCGAGAGUGACAAUGCUGGCGUCAUCGAGACCAUCCGUAACAAAAUCAAGAAGAGUAUGGACUCCCAGAGAUCAGGGGUGGAGGUUUUGGAUCGUCUGCAGAGACAAAUCAUCGUGGCAGACUGCCAGAUCUAUCUCGCCGUGCUGUGUUUUGUCAAACAGGAAGUCUCAGCUUACAUCAAAGGGGGCUGGAUCCUCCGCAAGGCCUGGAAAAUGUACAACAAAUGCUAUAGUGACAUCAGCCAACUGCAGGAAGCCUGUCGCAGACGGUCCUCCGACCAGGAGGGGGCGUUGGCUUCCGAUCAAGCCAACCACAACACAUCUUCAACAGAAAGUGGCGGCAGAGUAACAGAAGAGGUUCUGGAUCGUCUCAAGGGUUCUGUCAGCUUUGGUUAUGGGCUUUUUCACCUGUGUAUUUCAAUGGUACCUCCACACCUGCUCAAGAUCGUAAACCUGUUGGGUUUUCCUGGAGAUCGCCACCAAGGUCUUGCAUCCUUAGCCUACGCCAGUGAGAGCAAAGAUAUGAAAGCACCACUUGCCAUUUUGGCCCUCUUGUGGUAUCACACAGUGGUGCAGCCCUUCUUUGCCCUGGAUGGUUCUGACUCGCACGCUGGACUGCUGGAGGCCAAAGCCAUUCUACAGAAGAAUGCAAUGGUUUACCCAAACUCCUCUCUCUUCAUCUUCUUCAAGGGGCGAGUACAGAGAUUAGAGUGCCAAAUCAACAGUGCACUGGCGUCAUUCCAGGAUGCUCUGGAGUUCGCCUCAGACCAAAGAGAGAUUCAACACGUGUGCCUCUAUGAAAUCGGUUGGUGCAGCAUGAUAGAGAUGAACUUUGAAGAUGCCUUCAGGUCUUUUGAACGACUGAAGAAUGAAUCCCGAUGGUCGCAGUGCUAUUAUGCUUACCUCACUGGAGUAUGUCAGGGAGCCUCUGGUGAUCUUGAGGGAGCCAAGACCGUUUUCCAAGACGUUCAGAAGCUUUUUAAGCGCAAGAACAAUCAAAUCGAGCAGUUUGCACUCAAAAGGGCAGAGAGACUGAGGAAAAUGUCCCUUACACGAGAGCUAUGCAUUUUGGGUGUUGUUGAGGUGCUGUACUUAUGGAAAGCUCUUCCAAAUUGCUCUUCCUCCAAACUCCAGCUUAUGAACCAAGUUCUACAAGGGCUGGAUGACCAGUCAAGUCUGGGCCUAAAGCAUCUGCUGCUUGGUGCUAUUCAGAAAUGUCUUGGAAAUAUUAUAGAUGCCAUCCAGUCGUUUCAGUUGGCAGCACAGGAUGAAUAUGGUCGUCUGAAGAACAGCUAUGUUCAGCCCUAUUCCUGCUAUGAGCUGGGCUGCGUGUUACUGGCCAAACCUGAGACUCUGAGUAAAGGAAGAUCAUUACUGCUUCAGGCUAAGGAGAACUACACUGGGUACGACUUUGAGAACCGAUUGCACGUCCGUAUCCAUUCUGCCCUUGCCUCCAUAAAGGAAGUGGUCCCACAUUGACCCUGUCCAACCGAAAGUGCACUGUACUUUAACCACUCCUGUCCAGCACUUUUUACAAUGAAAGCCAUUUGAAGUUACCAUGCUAUUCUGGAGGAGAAAUUUAAAGUUAAGAGGAUGAGGAUGAGUUCACAAAUUAUUUGUUUAAACAUUGCAUUUAGUCUAGUAUCAGUAAUGGUUCAUGAAUAUCCGUUGGUUAUUUUAACAUGUAGCUGUUGGUCCAUCCCAAUGAUAUCUCAUUUUCACUUUCACAUUUACACCCAAUUUCACAAUGCAGGUACAUUGUCUGUGUGUGUUUGGGAUUGUUCUGUAAUGCAGAAGGUAUAUAUUGUUACAUGUGGAAUAUAGAAAUGUUGAGGCAAACUCUCACAAUAAAACACAAUAUAAAUAUAGUGUAUUGAAUAGACAAACUGGUUAGAUCAUUUACCAUAGCUUGCCCUAUCAUACAAAAUACAAUAGCAUGGGAUAGAAGUAGUAAGAUAACACAUAAAAUUAUAAAAUAUCUUAUGUAACCCUUUAUCUCAACAAGUUAAUAGUAUCCAAAUGUAUAUCUGUAUGUCGAAUUCAGAUUGUAUGCUCCAUAGUGAUGUCUAAUCAAGUGGUUGACUGAAAAGGGUUUUUUUUUGGGGGGGGGGGGAAUAAAUUGCCGAUAUCGAUAUCUAGGGAGUUGGGUGGUUAAUGGCAGUUAUAAUACUUAUAUAACAGUAACAGUUUGAUGAAAGCAAAUGACACACAGUUAUCGGCCAAUUCCGAUAGUCUCGAAAUACUAAAAUAUCGGCCUGGCCAAUAAAUUGCAUAUACUGGUAUCUAGGGAGUUGGGUGGCCGAUGGCAGUUAUAAUACUGAUAUAUGUAACAUUUUGAUGAUAGCAAAUGACAUACACAGUUAUCGGCCAAUUCUGAUAUUCUCAAUGCUCAAAUAUCGGCCUGGCCAAUAAAUUGCAGAUACAUAUCUAGAGAGGUGGGUGGCCGAUAGCAGUUAUAAUGCUGAUAUGUGUAAUAGUUUGAUGAUAGCAAAUGACACAUACACAGUUAUUGGCCAAUUCUGAUAAUCUUGAAAUGCUCAAAUAUCAGCCUGGGCAAUAAACUGCAUAUACCGGUAUCUAGGGAAUUGGUUGGCCGAUGGCAGUUAUAAUACUACUUAUAUACGUAUGAAACAGUUUGAUGAUAGCAAAUGACACACACAGUUAUCAGCCAAUUCUGAUAGUCUCAAAAUGCUCAAAUAUCGGCCAAAUAUCAGCCUGGCCAGUAAAUUGCAGAUACCGAUAUCUAGGGAGUUGGGUGGCCAAUAGCAGUUAUAAUACUGAUAUAUGGAACAGUUUGAUGAUGGCAAAUGACACACACAGUUAUCUGCUAAUUCCAGUAAUCUUGAAAUCUUCAUAUGUUGGCCAAAUAUUGGCCUGGCCAAUAAAUUGCAUAUACUGAUAUCUAGGGAGUUGGGUGGCCAAUUGUAGUUAUAAUACUGAUAUAUGUAACAGUUUGAUGAGAGCAAAUGACACACACAUUUAUCGGCCAAUUCCGAUAAUCUCGAAAUGCUCAAAUAUCAGCCUGGGCAAUAAAUUGCAGAUACCGAUAUAUAGCGAAUUGGGUGGCUGAUGGCAGUAAUAAUACUGAUAUAUGUAACAGUUUGAUGCUAGCAAAUGACAAACACAGUUAAUGGCCAAUUCCGAUAAUCUCGAAAAGACCAAAUAUUGGCCUGGCCAAUAAAUUUUCGAUAUCCGAUAUCUAGAGAGGUGGGUGGCCGGUGGCAGUAAUAAUACUGAUAUAUGUAACAGUUUGAUGCUAGCAAAUGACAAACACAGUUAUUGGCCCAAUUCCAAUAAUCUCGAAAAGACCAAAUCGGUCUGGCCGAAUAAUCUAGUCUAGUGACAGACCUUUGAAGUGUACGGCUAACAUGCUAUUGCAAAUUGAAACUUAUUGCAUUCAAUGUUGGCUGUUUUCAUUGUAUGCAUGUAAUGCAUAUGUUGCCAAUGUCUGUCGUAACACUAGACUACAUCUCCCAUCAUGAUUGUUAGCCCUAAAGAAUGUCAGGGGGCCUUUAGUGAUUUUUAAAUGUGCAAGAUUUUAUGACAGGAAUAGGAAAAACAUGACUAAUUGCAUCUCAUCUGAAAUGUUGUAUUUUAAGUUAGAGAGUAGCUGCAUCUACUUUGCCAUACCCUUCGUUGCCAUGUCCUCUGCUGCUCAGCAACUUGUGACAGCAAGAUAUAUUUUCUGAAGUGAUAAACCAUGCGCAAUUAACCAAUGUACUUUCUCUGGGCCAGAGGAAGUCUUUUCAUUUAUAUAUUUUUGUCUUGUUGUUUUAGAUGAGCCAUAAGUUGUAAUUGUUUUUGUGCUAGAUGUUUUCUGUAAUUAUGUUGCUGGCCCAAAUUUAUGAUUUGUAGACUUUUAACAGUACAUCAGUAUCUCCUUUUCAUAAUUUUGCCUCUGAAUAACCUGAAUUGAUUUGAAUCGGUGUAUAUAUUGUGAAAUUGUUGUGAAACUUGCACUUCCUUAUUUUCUCGGCCCAGUAGAUGUAAAAUGUUGGUCCCUCCUGUGUGGUUUAUUCACCAAACUGUAUAUGACUCUCUAUUGACAAGCCCUUCUGGUGGCUAAGUUAGGAGGAGGCAAACAUAGGAGGCUUGAUUGAAACUCAAAACAUGUCUUCACUGUGAAAUGUGUCAGUAUUGGAUGUUCAGGGUAUUUAUACCUUGUGAGGACAAUACAAUUAUGAAAAUUUCAAUAAUAAAAUAACAAUGAAACUUA